AUGAAUAUGAUGCGCGCUGCAUAUAACAUAUGCGCCGCAGAGAGUGGUCAAGGGUCUUUCAAGCGGAUGAAAGAACAUAUGACAGGUCAUGUUGAGCUUACUCGACAUACUAUGUUCCGCAAAGCGGCUCAGAAAGUGGACGAGGAUCUUGAAGCCAUGUGCAAAACCCUGCAGGGGUUGAUGGGAGACAAAGUCAGUCGAAUCUUUGACGAUUUGGACAAGGACUACACAAGUGCGCUUGGUGAUCAACCUACGCGAGUACUGACCAAGGAAGAGCGUGAAGUGAGGUCGGCGACCUGUCAAAUCUUAAAAAGUAUCGAUGCGCAGUUUGAGCCUAUCGCCAAUGGAGAUCUCAGUUCGGUGAAUGCAGCCACCGCUACGAAUACCCGGGGCGAAGAGCCGGUUGAUGAGAGUGCAGAAGAGCAUGAUAGUAUGGAAGAUUCAGAACAAGAGUCUUCUGGCGAUUCGGAACAAGAAUCUUCUGAAGAGGCGGGCGAAGAGUCUUCUUAA